AUGCGGUCUCCCAGAAUGAUCAAGGAGGUUCAACGGCUUACCGGCAAAGUCGCCGCUCUCAAUCGUUUUAUUUCCCGCGCAACAGACAAGUGCCUUCCAUUUUUUAAAGUCCUUCAACAGGCUUUUGAAUGGACCACCAAAUCUGAGGAGGCCUUUCAACAUCUAAAGCAGUGCAUGGCCAACCCUCCCCUACUCUCUCAGGCGCUCUCAGGCGAAAUCCUCUUCCUCUACUUAGCUGUAUCAAAAACCGCAGUUAGUGCGGCCCUCAUCAGGGAAGACAGCUCAGUACAGCGUCCAGUCUACUACAUUAGCCGCGCUCUCAAGGGGGUAGAACAGAACUAUCCUCUGCUGGAGAAAAUGGCCCUUGCCUUGGUCAUAGCGUCAAGGCGACUCCGACCUUAUUUCCAAGCUCACUCCAUAGUGGUUCUCACUGACCAGCCUUUAAAGAAGGUCAUGCAACAGCCAGAGUUGUCAGGCAGACUUAUGCAAUGGUGCAUCGAACUAAGCCAAUUUGAAAUCUCUUACCGAUCUCAAACAGCGAUCAAGGGACAAGCCGUCGCUGAUUUCAUCAUAGAAUUCACCAAUCCCACUCCAACUAUGCCCCCACCGCCAACACAAUUCAACACUGAGACAGAAGACCCCCAUUCUUGGACCCUCAAUGUCGAUGGAUCAUCCCGCAAAGAAGGCGGGGACUUCGACACGAAGGAAGACACGAUGCGAGCCUACAGGGACAUUGCACUCCCUCCUGUUCGCCUUUUCAAUACUUUCCAUAUCAAACACAUCCCUCAGUCAGAAAACUCUAAGGCAGACAAAAUGGCCCAAUUAGCCUCAGCCGACCAGUCAGACCUUAGCCAUGGCGUCCGCAUUGAAUCCCUAACCCAUCUGGCUACUUCGCCAAACCAGCAGGAGGUUCACUUCCUCCAAAACGAGCCUAUCCCAUGGGCUGCAGACAUCUUUUUGUUUUUGACAAAUAGGGAGUUGCCAAACAAUAAACAGCAAGCCACCAAAGUCAGAGCCCAGUCAUCCAAUUACAUCCUUAUUAGCGGCCUACUGUACAAACGCAGAUUCUCAAGCUUAUACCUCAGGUGUCCCAGUCCAACUCAAGCGACCUACGUAAUGAGGAAAGUCCACGAGGGUGUGUGUGGUAUCAUUCGGGUGCAAGAUCUCUGGCCCACAAAAUCCUUUGCACCGGUUACUUCUGGCCUACUCUCCACCAAGAUGCCACCAAUUUUGUACUUAAGUGUGAUAAGUGCCAGCGCUUUGCCAACAUCCCCCAUGCCCCACCAACAGAACUAA